AUGGAUAUCACUUCCACUGCCACUGCCACUCCCACGAUCGUCCUCGUCCACGGUGCCUGGCACCAACCGUCUUCCUACUCCUCAUUCACCACCGCCCUCCGCCGCCUCGGCCACGAAGUCCACGUCCCCCGUCUUCUUUCGAUGAACGGUAUCCGCCCCCCAAACGCCGGUCUCGAAGAAGACAGUGACCUGAUCCGCACCUACGUGGAGAGUCUCGUCUCCGCCGGCCGUGAGGUUUUGGUCUUACUCCACUCCUACGGUGGUCAGGUUGGCACCAACGCCCUAUCCGACGGCCUCGGGGUCACCACCCGUCGUGCGCAGGGCCUCCCCGGAGGCAUCGUUCAGCUCGUCUAUAUCGUCGGUUUCGCCGUCACCGAAGGGAUCUCCAUGGUCGACGUCGUCGUCUCGCAUGGCCACGGGGACCUGAUGGACCUGGCCUUUGACUUCGCCGCCGACCGGACCUGCAUUUCUCGAGACCCCAAGAACCUUGUGGUCGGCCCAUCCGAGAGAUCCGACGAGGAGACCGACGCCUACAUUGCUACCUUCCAGCGGUGGAAUGGGAAUGGGUUUGACGCCAAGCUGCAGCACGUCGCCUGGCGCCCGGAGGACGGCGGCAUCCCGCAGAUCGGGUAUAUUUGCUCCACUCAGGAUACGACGGUGCCCUUGGAUUACCAGAAAAAAUUUGUCAAGACGAUGCAAGAUGCUGGCUGUCAGGUGCGCACCUGGGAGUUGGAGACGGGCCAUUGUCCCACGUUCACCAAGUGUGAGGAGGUGGUGAAAAUUGUCCACGAACUCGCAGCGGGAAAGUAG